ACUAGCAUCGGUUAGCAUUGACGUAAAAACUGGAAGAGUAAUGAACGCGUGGGAAUGAAUCAGAUACGGCGUUCGCCGAAGUAACUGCGGUCGUAAAUGCACUCAAUUAACCCCAAAACCCACAUUUACUUUAAUGCCAAAAAAUUACAAACAACGAGUUAUGAGAAGAUAGUGCUAAAAUAAAUGAUAGUAAAACCCAAAAGGGUUCCUUUGCCGAUGGCGGGUUCGCAACUUGCACAAUUCUCUGAGAAUCUCCAUCAAUUUUCUGUCGCAAAACAACACCAACAUCACCAAUCUCUAUGUCAAUUUUCCUCAUUUUUUAAUCACCAAUCUCUAUGCAUCAAUCUCCUUUUCCUCAUUUCACUAAUUUCCACGCGCCUUCUCUUCAUCCCAAAAACAGAGACUACUUUAUUUGACAAAAAUUAGAAUGCAACACAGAAACACAAAAAGCACACUUUCCAGUAAUUCACUUUUAUUUCUACUAUUCCACUAUUACCCUCGCUGAAAUAUCAUUAUUCCGUUCCUCAUUCAUUAUGCUCCGUUUUCCGGUGCAUUCAUCGUCCUCAUAACCAUGACCCACCGUAAACCUAAACCACAGAAACACCACAAUAUUCAUAUUCGUGAUCUCGUUGGUAGAAAAACAUGGGCUGCGGGGGCUCCAAGGUGGAGGAGUUCCCCGUGGUAACUCUUUGCCGAGAAAGAAAACAGUUUCUCAAAAACGCCUCCGACCAACGCUACGCUCUGGCCAUCGCGCACGUCGCUUAUAUGCAAUCUCUGAAAGAUAUAGGUGAAGCUCUUCGGAAAUUCUCCGAUCGGGAUCUCUUUCUUCCAACAAACUCGGCUUCUUCUUCGUCUUCACUUUCUUCCCCUGUUCUCACAUUGCCUUCACGGGAAGGUAAAUCGAAAGAUGGUAAUGAUAGUAGCCGCCACAUUUCGUCUUCUUCACCUUCUCACGAUGGUGAUGAUUCUCACUUGCAUCUUUCUUCUGGAUCGGAGGUGAGUUCUCCUUCUCCGGAUCACAUUCAUCAUCAUGAUCAUCGAACACCCGAGCCUCAAUACGAACCAGAGUUCGAACCAGGACCAGAACAUGUACCAGAACCAGAGCAACCUUCAUCUUCGAACGGGUUCAAUUAUCCAUUUCCGUAUCCGUAUCCAUAUCCGUAUCAACAAGAUUGGACUCAAACGCAACCAGGGGUUAAUAAUUAUGCAUAUUAUAUGAAGAAAUCUGCACCUCGUGGAAAUUCCAUGAUCUAUCAAGAACCAGAGAAUCGUGUAGCAGCAUCUGGACAAUGGAAUGGUUCUCCUUACGGUUAUGGUUAUUCUGGUAUGAAUGGGAGUGCUGGUGGUUAUUAUGGUUUUCCGGCGGGGCCUUCGUCUUCUUCUCCGACUCCACCUCCUCCGCCUCCUGCUCCACCUUCGCCGCCACGAGUCUCCACUUGGGAUUUUCUGAAUUUUUUUGAGGCUGUUGAUAAUGGUUAUUCGGGGUAUGGAAAUUAUAGAUCAGAGUUAGGGUUAGCGUCGAGUGCGAGUAGUCCUGAUUCGAAAGAGGUGAGGGAGAGAGAAGGGAUUCCUGAACUAGAAGAUGAAACUGAACAGGAAACGGUGAAGGAGGUGAAGAAGGUGAAGGAGGCUAGUUACGAGAAGAAGAAAAAAGUGGCAGAGGAAGAGGAAAAGGUAGAGGUUGAUAGAGGGAGAGAUUUUGGUGAAGGUACUUCGAACUCGAAGGAAGUGCCAUUGCAACAGGUGAGUAGUAGUGAGGGAAGUUCCAAAACGGUGAGGUUUCAUACCAGUGAAAGUAGUGGUGAUUCUAUUUCUUCUCAUGAAAAAAAGAGUCCUGAUAGUGUUGUUUCUAAAGGAUCUCCUAGAAAGAAAGGUGUGAGUUUUGAGAUUGAUGGUGAUGAAGAUGCAACUGUUACCGCGGUGGAUAUUGAGGGCGAGGGUUCUAUUUUGAGUAGCUUAACCACUUUGUCUCCACAUGGAAAUAGGGAUCUUAAGGAGGUUGUUAGAGAAAUUAGAGAUGAGUUUGAGACUGCUUCUAAUCAUGGAAAAGAGGUUGCGUUUCUUCUUGAGGCUUGCAAACCACCUUAUCAGUCAAGGGCUGCUGCAUUUAGAGUUAUCUUAUCAAGGAUCUUGCAGAUGCUAGCACCUUCCGGGCCACCUUCGAAUCCUCCAUCUGGGCCACCGAUACAUUUUUCUUCUAGGACAAUGAAAUUGGCAAAAGCAUACUGUGGAGAACCUGAGCAAGAGUUAAUAUCAAAUCCGAUCAACCUUUCAUCUACAUUGGAGAAACUUUAUGCCUGGGAAAAGAAAUUGUAUAAGGAAGUUAAGGAUGAAGAGAGGUUAAGAGCCAUUUACGAGAAACAGUGCAAGAGACUGAAAGCAUUGGAUGAACGAGGAGCUGAAUCUACUAAAAUAGAUGCUACCGAGACAUCAAUAAGAAAGUUGCUAACAAAAAUAAACAUUUGCAUCAGAAGUGUUGAAAAAAUAUCAGCCAGGAUACAUAAAUUGAGGGACGAGGAAUUGGAGCCUCAGCUUGCUGCAUUAAUUACCGGAUUGAUAAGAAUGUGGAAAUUCAUGUUCCAAUGCCACCAGAAGCAGUUCCAGGCUAUCAUGGAGAGUAAAACUCAAUCUCUCAAGUUAAACGCCGGUUUGCAAAGAGAUGAAGGCUUGAAAGCCAUUAUGGAACUCGAAAGGGAGCUUUUGAAGUGGUGCACUCAGUUCAACAAUUGGGUGGGAACCCAAAAAUCUUAUGUUGAAAAUUUGAAUGGGUGGCUCAUAAGGUGCCUUCUUGAUGAACCUGAAGAAACAGCUGAUGGUGUUGUCCCUUUCUCACCAAGUAGGAUAGGAGCUCCACCAGCUUUCAUAAUCUGCAACGAUUGGCAGCAAGCAAUGAAUAGAAUUUCAGAAAAAGAGGUGGCGGAAGCUAUGGGCGAAUUUGCUCAAAAACUGCACGAGCUAUGGGAGAGACAAGAUGAGGAACAAAAAAGGAAAAUCAGGGCGGAGUAUCUAUCGGAGGACUUUGAAAAACAACUUAAAGCUUUGCGCACCGAAAUGGGAAGCUCAAAACCGAAGCAUUGCGAAAUUUCAGGAAAGACUAAAUUGUCGAAGUUCACUUCCGAUAGUGGUGUUUCACCACUUGAUGAUCUAAAGGUGGAUUUAGAUUCUAUGAAGAAGAGAUUGCAUGAAGAGAGGGCCAGACAUAAAGAAGCCAUUAAGCUUGUCCGCGAUGCAGCUUCGAGUAGUUUACAAACUGGUUUGAUUCCCAUUUUUAAGACAUUAGAAAGUUUCACUUCAGAGGUGGUGAAAGCUCAUGAGCAAGUCAGACUUCAAAAUACCGUGGCCUCGUAGAAUUGUGUGUGUGGAUUGAUUGGGGGAGUUUGGAGAGAAGAUGGAAGAUUUAGAACUAACUACCAAUUUUGCAGCUAGAGUUAAUCUUAUUGAUGUAGGAAAGAACCUCUUAAAACUCCCUGAAGAGGUUUUUGAUUAGAUUAUUAGUUUCAGCAACCAGGGCUUUGGGUGGAUAAAUGUCAGGACAUGGUUAUGUUGAAUUCAGACCUGUAACACCCAAUCUACAGUUAGGUGAAAUUUUGUACAGAAUAAUUCAUUUAUUGAUUGAUUGGUUGUAGGUGGAUUGUAAA